AUGGGAUCAAGUAAAAUAACUUUCGGCACUUUGAUAUCGGUAAUUAUAAUAGUAAUCGCGAUUUACUACCGGAAUAGCGAUCUUGAGCUAAGGAGCAGAUUAACCCACGUUUUAAAUGGACUGGAGCAUUUGGAGUCCAAACAUGAAAUCGCGGUUAAGCCCAAAAUAGCGGUCGGGUAUGGUGCCUGUGCAGAUGUUUAUAUUGAUGCGAAGUAUUUGCUCAAGUACUCCGAAAAGGUCGGAGACCCCCAGCAUUAUGACGAAAUUGACAGUAAGGAGCAAUUGUUAAAGAGUUUCGCUUAUUACUUUCGUCAUGGGGCCGCUGCUGAGCGCUACAUGAGGAAUGAACAAUUGUUUGACAAACUGGUGGCCAAGGCCAGGACCUUUGACUCUUCUUACUCGUCAAUUGGAGGAAAUGCUCCGGUGAUGGCGAUGAGGUUCGCGAAAGAAGGCUGUGAUGUUCUGCUGGCCGCCAAAAUGACUGACUCUUUGAGGCUGAUGGUUCCCGACGAAAUUGAAAUCGUCGGGGGAAAAGUUGACAGGGAUGACAUUCACCUGAUUCUGGAGUACAAGCGCGGCGAGCAAUGGGGUCCUUACACCAGCGCUAGAGCUAACAGAUAUAUUAUUCACAAUGACAACAACAAUCCGACUGUCAGUUCUCUGGAGGCUUUUGAUGAAGCUCUAAAGGAGUUCAAGCCUGAUUUGCUGGUUGUCAGUGGGCUACAGAUGAUGGAUAAUUUUCCUUUUGCUGAAGGAGUAAAAAAAGAAAGACUGAAUAAAAUCCGACAGCAGAUGAUGAGCCAGCUGCCGAGCACGAGGAUCCACUUCGAGAUGGCUUCGUUCGUGGAAAAAGACUUGAUAACAGACCUAGAGAACAUGGUCCUGCCAUACGCGGACAGCCUGGGGAUGAACGAGCAAGAGGUCGCGAACCUCUACAACUCAAUGUACCACGGGAACAUCUCACUGGUCGCGGACUCCAGUCCGCGAGUCGCUACAAUAUUGGAUUACAUGCGGGUGCUCUUCAAGCUAGUGAGGAUGCGGGGCAAGGAGAUCCAGGGCGCACGUGAGCUCACCAGAAUACACGUACACACCCUGGCUUACCAGGCGAUAUUGACCGUCAAGUCGUCCAAGUGGAAGAAUACGAUGGCCGCGGCUGCUAAGGCUUCCCUUGUCGCUCAUCGUCAUGUUUGCGGGACCAGCAAUAAAAAUUAA